CAAUCUUAUUUACUACAUUUCCACUGUGAUUUGAAGCGAAAAUGGACUGAUUUAUAAUAAACAUUUGUGAAGAAUGAGGCAUGUGAUCUUGAAUUUGUUCUUUGUAACCUCUAUUCUCCUCGAAGACGAGAGUUAUGCAGAAAGUCAUUAUUGCUACGUUACUGGAUACAGAUCAACCAAAACGUGCACAUCCGGCUGGCUCUGGUCGCGAAGAUGCAACUACAAAUCGGUAUCCACGACACAACGGAUAUGUUGUGAUGCUUAUUAUGGUAAUGAUUGUGACAAACCUAAAUGCGGUGAUUGGAAUUUGGAUAUUACAUGUAAUCUAGUAGAUGAAGGCGUGGUAAUUUACAAAAAUGGAAUAGUUGUGACAGAUAGCGGGGGCACAUGCGUCGCACCUAAUACAUGUGAGAACUGUAACGAAGGAUUCUACCCAAACUCGGAGGUCGGCAAAUGCAAAGCUUGCCCCAAAAUCGAGAAAUGUAACGUCCAUCGAUGUACAAAUACGGGCGAUGUAACGUGCCAGUUCUGUCACCACGAGUUCAACAGUGAAAAAUUGGGUUGGAAUGAAUACACUGGACUGCCUGACAGGAAGCAAUGUACCCAAACCUGCUCUUGGGUACAAGGCUUUAGAUGUUACCCGGGUUCCUGUAGUGAUAUUUAUUAUCGUUAUUAUAACACAAGUGGCAGAACUAACUGCAAAUGUUCCCAAGGAUUUACGGGUACUGAUUGCAAAACAGCCACAGGCGAUUACCCAAUGGAUCUUGUUGAAAUGGAGUUUGAAUUUCAUGAAUGUUCAAAUGAACUUUGCCCUCAUAUCAUUGUUUCCGGGUCGAAAAGUUGGUCAAACGCCAAGGAACGCGUAUCUAUUGCAAUUAAAACGCUUGCAGAAGAUUCCUUUGAGCUCCCCGAUCCGCCUGAGUAUAUCUUCACAGACACUGAAAUUGGAUUGGAUAGUAUUGCUGUAUCGGUAACUGCAAAACGAGGUAGUAAUUCAGUAAAAUGGACAGAUAAUCAAGAAUGCAGCUACGCAAAGGCUUGCAGAUAUGACAAAAAUAUCCGCAUUUCCGCAACUGGACUUUCUUUUAUAGAAAAUGGCUUUACCCACGGCGAUAGAGUUCUUCUAAAUGUUCGUAUAAAAAAUGGUGGAUAUGUAUCCUACCAAAAAAUAGACGAGAGGAACUUCAGCCCCAGCAAAGGAAGGUACACCAUAAAUGGUGUAGAGAAAAGCUAUGACAAAGAACUAGAGAUUGACAUGAUUGCUCCAUAUCACUGCAAGGAAAACAAUCCUACAUGCUCUAGCCAGCCUCUAAGAACGUCUACCGACUUCGUAACUGGGAACCAGAUAGCGCUAUAUUGGGAUGGAUGGUCAGACGAUAAUUCUGGUAUAAGUGAAUACACAAUUCAUUUGUAUAUGAUAAAGAAGGCUGGCAGCAACACUUUGAAACAGGAUCAUGGAACGACUGGAGAAAGUAUCACAACGUACUCAUCCGCUCGCUCGGCAACACUGAAUUUGGAACACCCUGGUCCAUAUGCAGUAGAAUUAACAGCUAUGGACCAUGCAGGAAAUACAAAGACGGCACGAAGGCUAUUUUUCUUUGACAAUAUAUCGGAGGUUUCAUUAAACACAAGCAGUUCCACAAUGGUUUCGAAUGCCAAUGAAAAUGGAUGGAUUACACAAAAUACGGAUUCGAUUGAUGUAGCUUGGGCAUACAGAUUCCAAAAUAUUCGUCAUGACAACAAUUGCUGGUUAUGUCGAUUUGAACCGUCACCUACUUCCGUGCCUUUUGUUUUAGAUGACACGUCCGGAGUUUCAGAAAGGACAUGGGAAAAUAUUUACAAUAUUAAAGGCAUUGUACGUAUUGAACUGGCUUAUUCUGAGACCUAUGAAGCUAUAACCACAGAAGAACCUUUUAAUCGAAUAACCCAGACAGAGUUUAAUCAACAACGAGCCGGAGUUAACGGUAUUGCGAUCAAGGACGGUAAACGAGUAACAUUUUCCGUGAGAGGUUACGACGUUGUUGGUGCUAAUGCCGAAGAUAACGUCACCGUCUGGAUCGACACUUCACCUCCGAUCAUUGAAAACCUUUGGCUUACAAGAGGGGAUAUUGUGAACAUCAGUGUGCAUAACGUAACGAGGCUGGCUGAUAUGACGAUCGAGUGGGACGUUUUUGACGUACACAGCGGUUUAUACGAAAUAUCUUGGCGAUUGUUUGACAACUUUAGUAAUACUGAUGUUGUAUAUGGUCAUUCAUACGAAUAUCCUCAACAUGAGUCGAAUACACUAUUCGAAUGCGAACAAGAUUAUGCGAACUAUGCGAGAGGUCCAAACUGUUACUGUUCCCCGUACCACGGCUGCUUCCACCAACAUUUCCAAGUGAUUCCUCCAGUAAUAGAUCUUAAGAAAUCCGGAGGUUCCACACAACAUAUUGGUGGUAUCGAUGCAAAUAACUCAGGAGUGCAUGGAAGGGAAACCUACCUUGAAGUUACAGCAAUAUUUUUGAGAACCGCUGAGACAGCUGAUUUAAAACAUGAAGAUGAAAUGACAUAUACAAACAAAAUUGCUUUGUAUGUAACGGUACCUGUUACUUUGUGCGUUAUUGUUGUCGCCGCCAUCUUUGCAACGAUAUGCCUAAGGCGAAAACAUAGACAGAAGACUGAGAAUACUGGGAUUCAAACCAUGACCUCGUCCCCUACGGAACAAAGCCAUCCAAAACGCGAACCGACUGUUAAUACAGAUCUUUACAAACCACAGUUAGCAGGAUCUGUUGCUUACGUGAGCAACCAGGAAUACGUCUUUCUGCAUCAGCAGCAAGAGCCAGCCUACCCACCCGACGACACCGAAUACUCUGAGGCAAAUCCUGAAUUUAGAGAUUAUGAAGAUCUGAAUAGAGGUCAAGACGAACAAGAACCCAAUUACAGUGUACUAACCUUGGACGACCGGGAGUAUGACGAAGUCAAUUUUGAUGCGAUGAACGCUGGAAGCGCAACUGCACUGUUUUAAUAAAGUUUUAUUUUACUUUCAACGUUUCGCUAUCUUUCAAAGUGUUGCCAUUCUGGUCUGUGCAACGAUUCAAAUACUAUCUGACUAUGACGAAGUAUUGUUUUAUUCUUACAAAACUUUAAAUUUACGUAAACGCAUCAAAAUGAUGCUGUAUCUCAUGAGACUUAUUGGCUUAUACAUCUAACUUUCAUGAAAACUUGGUGUAUUCGUGUAAAUCUUUUUGUUUAUGUGUUUAUGUAUUGCUUCUAGUCUAGCGAUUAGAUUCUUUGUAAGUGCUUUCAAGAUAUGUUUAAUUCAUUUUAAGAACAAUGCGAUAAAUAAUAAGUUUGAGUGACCUUUCGUUAACAUGCAUAUUCUUUUUGUAGCAUGGGAACGUUUCAAG